GCGAGGAGAGUUAAGAACAAGGCGUGCUUUGCGCUUGAGAGAGUUAAGUGAGAGAAAAUCGUAACUUUCGAGAGAGAGAGCGAGGGAAGAAAACAGAAGAAGAGAAAGAAAGGAAGUUGAGUUUGUUGGGGUUUGUUAAUGGCGAUUUGGACGAAGAGGAAACAGAAGUGAGAGAUUUGCGAAAAUCUGGCAUUUGUCUUUAUUUCAAAAAGGAUAGUUAAUUUUCGUGGUUGUUCUCGGUGAUUGCACUUGCUUGGAUCUUUGAAUAUCUCGUCUGUGAGCUUUGUGGGCUGCGAAAAAACAGAAAAACUCCAGCAGGCUUAAGAAAGGAAGACCUCUAUUUUUAGAGCUCAGUGUAGGUUUCUAUUUUCUGGUGUUGAAAUUGAAGCGAAGAAACUAAGAGAGGCUUUAUAGAAAUGGAGUGGAGUGCUUGUAUGGAUGAGUAUGAAAAGCUUGUUAUAAGGAUGACCACUCCCAGGGUCGUCAUCGACAAUGCCGUUUGCCCCACUGCGACUAUUGUCAAGGUUGACAGUGCCAGGAAACAUGGAAUUUUGCUUGACGCUGUUCAGGUUCUCACGGAUCUAAACCUUUCAAUAAAAAAAGCUUAUAUUUCUUCCGAUGGAAGGUGGUUCAUGGAUGUUUUUCAUGUGACUGAUAUAAACGGAAAUAAAUUGACAGAGGAGAGCGUUAUUAACUACAUUGAGCAGUCACUUGGUACCAUUCACUAUGGCAGAACCCAUGAUCUUAAUGGUUUAACAGCAUUAGAACUAACUGGGACAGAUAGGAUCGGCCUUCUCUCGGAGGUCUUUGCAGUGCUGGCUGACCUGCAAUGUGAUGUUGUGGAGGCUAAAGUUUGGACUCAUAAUGGUCGAAUUGCUUCGUUAAUUAGUGUAAAGGACUGCAAUUCAGGUUCCCCAAUCGAGGACACACAACAAAUACAUAGAAUUGAAGCUCGCCUAAGGAAUGUUCUAAAGGGGGAUAAUGACAUUAGAAGUGCCAAAACAUCAGUUUCAAUGGCAGUCACACACACGGAGAGAAGAUUGCAUCAAAUGAUGUUUGCUGAUAGGGAUUACGAGAGAAAGCCUAUUUUGCGGCGUACUGCUGAUUCCCCAGUGGUUACAGUUCAGAAUUGGGUUGAGAGAGAGUAUUCAGUUAUUAAUGUUCAAUGCAAGGAUCGAAUGAAACUCUUGUUCGAUGUUGUUUGCACCUUGACAGACAUGGAAUAUGUUGUAUUUCAUGCCACAAUCAACACAGCUGGGGACAGAGCAUAUCUGGAAUUCUACAUUAAACACACUGAUGGAACCCCAAUUAGUUCAGAGCCGGAAAGGCAGCGGGUAAUUCAGUGUUUACAAGCUGCAGUUGAGAGAAGAGCGUCUGAGGGUGUAAGGCUAGAAUUAUGCACUCCAGAUAGACAAGGCCUUUUAGCAGAUGUGACAAGAACGUUUAGAGAGAAUGGUCUUAAUGUGACUAGGGCUGAGAUAUCCACCACAAGUGAGAUGGCUGCAAAUGUAUUCUAUGUAACAGACGCAAUUGGUAACCCUGCAGAUCCUAAGUUAAUUGACUCUGUUCGACAAAAAAUUGGAUUGAGUAAUUUGAAAGUUAAGGAAUUGCCCCCACUGGUAUACCACGAAGAGGCAGAAAGGGAAGAGCAGGGGGUUGGAGUUGCUGGGGCAGUGUUGCUAUCACUUGGGGGUCUAGUGAGAAGGAAUCUUUACAAUUUGGGAUUGAUCAGAUCAUAUUCUUAAAGUGAUACAUAAAAGAUAAUUUGGGUUAAGAAAGAGAUUUGUGGGAUAGCAGCUCUUUUGAGGUGGGGCAAUAUUCUUUGCUUCAGGUUUGGGGUUGUGUUGUGUACAUAUGGCAGAAGGUGGAAUUUGGUGAUAGUAGCAUUAAUAGUAGUUGGUUUGGUUGGUUGAACUGAUAGAGACACGGAUUGGGGGGCUGCUUUCGUACAUACAUAUUUAUUUGAAAGAAAGAUAUGCUUGGUUUGAAGGAAAGUUGUGAAAUUUGGAAAGGAAAUACAGAUGGAUAGAAAGUAAAAGACGGUGUUGGUGGAGGAUUGUGGUGAUAAAUAUAGCUUUGUUGAUGGCAGAAAGAGAGAAAAAGAAGGGUAGAUUUGAAAACAAAGCCUUCAUACAGGGGCACACAGUUGUACAUAACGACAUGUUUAAUAUAUAUUAGCUUUAAUAGUUGACUUGAUUAUUCUUUUAAUAUCAUUCUCAUUGAAAUGUUGGAGAGAGGAAGGCGUGCAUGUAGUGUUUCUUUGAUAUGUAAAUGGGGACAUGGGGGUCCCACAUCACUGGAUUUAAAAGAAUCAAUUUGCAAAAACGUGUCUGCUUCUAGAUGCUGUCUUUUAACUUUAA